CUCUAAAUUGCUACUGGAUGUAGCUCGUCACCUACCCCUCUACCUACCCCCCUACCUAGUAGUAAGUACCUAGGUAUGUAUCUAUGUACUACUCGUUAAGCAAGAUAUACCUUCUUCAAAUUUAUGAAUUCACGAAAUUCUUUUUUCUUCCUUAAGCCCUCUCUAAUUCAAAAUCGCGCGCGAACGAAAAAUUACACAAGCACAAUCGUCGUCGCCCCCGCCUAUUCAGACCGUUUAUUUAUAAUAAUUCGGUUUUCAAGAAUGAAUUCUAAAGGUGGUAAGAGAGGAGAGGGGGAGCAAGGCUCCCAAGACCGCGAAGCUCGUGGCGGCCGUGAUCUGCAGUUGGAGUCGGCCCUAGACGAGAUCACGAGGCCUACGAGGCCUACCGGUCUCGAGGCUCCCCAAUCGUACCACGAGGAAGACCAGAGAAGCCGAAGCCGUGGGACCACCCAAGAUGGCCGCGGUGAUGGUGGAGGUGAAGGUGGUGACGGUGGAAGCGGCCAUCCCUCCGGCCUCCAAGACCGUGAUGGCGAGCCCUCCCGUCCCGACCCAAGCGCUAGUUCUCGCGGCAGCUUUUUCAAUGGCCAGUAUGGCCGAGGUCGUGAUGGUCGGCGAUUUGAUUACCGCCGAGGUUCUGGUUCUCGCGGUAGCCUCGAUGGUCGUGGUGGUCGUGGUGGUCGUGGUGGUCGUGGCGGUCGUGGCGGCGGCUCCCAGGCCCUCACUCGAGCCGACCCUACAUCCGAGCGUAUAAUCGCCUCAACGAUGUCCGACGUCGACUUCAGUGUAAACCGCCAAGGUGCGGUGUCGGGGAUGGAGGAGAGGCGCCAGGAUUCGGCGCUGAACAUCGCCGUCGCUCAAGGCGACUCAAUGGUCUUGAAGUUCAGCGAGCCCAAAGUCCUAGAGGAAGGAUUCGUGCCGACACGGAAAAGCUAUAACCAUGGCAAGACCCCUCCUAGCCACAUCCUCGUCAACAAGAUCAGCACCCAGAGGCGCAAGCUCGCGGGCGGUCGUCCGAAGAACCUCAAGGUUCUAUUCCCGGAGCCCUCCCGGCAGGUGGACGAGGAAGCGCUGAGGCGGAAGGCGGACCUGAAGAGGCGCGUGAAUAAGGCAAAGAGGGAACAAAACCGUCGCAGAAAUGCCGACGAGAGAGAACGAGGACGUCCCGCUCCCGGCCCCUCCACCUUGCCCGCGUCCGUCUCUUCCUCCCUAGCCGCGCCCGACCCAGCACCCAACCGACCUACCAGCUCGCACUUUGACCAGCCCCCCCCCUAUAUAAUCCGCACAAGGAGCCGUUGUCCUUCUUCGACCCGCCGGCGCCGGAGAAAUGCGCCAACUGCGGCGAACCCGUUCACCGCCUGGAGGUGGUUCACGGUCCCGUGAACGCCGGCGGUAUCGUGUCGGGCGGCGAUAGAAAGUCCCCAGAAGAUAGAUGGGACAAGAUCGACCACGCGAUGGGCUACAUCGGGUAGCGGGAUAGGUCUUGUGCUGUGGGUGUUUUAACGUCCGGUAGGGAGGGAGAGAUGGAGCUUCUUAGUAUUAAUUUUGCUUUUCUCUUUAUAGUUAUGUAUGGGUAUUAAUAGAGUAGUUUCUUUCAUCUCGUUCAUUUAAUAUAUCCAUCCAAACUGAUAUUUCGUAACAAACGUAAGAGUUAGGCAUAUGGAAGUAAUGUUAAG